AUGCUGUCUUUGAUCGGCUCUUCGCUCCUCCAUCCCUCCAAGCGCGCUCAGCUCUUGGAGAGGGCCAAUGCGAAACUCGGUGCUAAGCUCGCCUCCAUCGAUGCCGUUUACAUUCAUUUCGUCAGUUCGGCUUCGCAACAGGCCGACGCCGUCCUCGCCGAUGCCAACAGCCCGCAGCGCAACGUCCUCGACAGCCUUCUCGUGUACGGUGACAAUGUCGAUCUCGCCCACACCCGCCCCGCUGUCGAAGCCAUCCUCACUGGCAGCGCUGCCUCGGCUCAGCAGACCGUGCUCUUCGUGCUGCCACGUCCUGGAAGCAUCUCUCCCUGGUCCAGCAAGGCAACCGACAUUGCUCGCAUGUGCACCCUCAAGGACCACGUCGACCGCAUCGAGCGCGGAAUCGCCUACGUUCUCGAGCCUGCUUCCGGCUCUGCCCUCGAAGCUGCCCACAUUGCCCAAGUGCACGACCUCCUUCACGACCGCAUGACCCAAAUCAUCUCGGCCGUACCGCCCACUGCCGAUGCGCUCUUCCACAAGGCGCAACCUGCUCCGCUCACCCACGUCGACCUUCUCGGCUCAGACGGCACAUCCGAUCGCACCGUCGCCAAGCAGCGUCUCGUCGAUGCAAACGACAAGCUCGGCCUUGCCCUCGCCAACGACGAAAUCGACUAUCUCGUCGAUGCCUUUAUCGCCGGCAAAGGCGAUGGCUCCGAUGCUCUCCGUCGCAACCCCACCGAUGUCGAGCUCUUCAUGUUUGCUCAGGUCAACUCUGAGCAUUGCCGUCACAAGAUCUUCAACGCCGACUGGACCAUCGACGGCAAGACUAUGCCCAACACCCUCUUUGGCAUGAUCCGCAACACCCACAAACUCCACCCGCAGCACACCAUCAGCGCCUACUCGGACAAUGCCGCUGUCAUCGAGGGCUACGAAGCCACCCGUUUUGCGCCCUCCCCUGCUGGUGCACUGACUGUCUACCAAGGCGUCAAAGAGCCAAUGCCUUUCCUCGCCAAGGUCGAAACCCACAACCACCCCACCGCCGUCUCGCCGUACCCUGGUGCCGCCACCGGUUCCGGAGGUGAGAUCCGUGACGAGGGUGCCGUCGGGCGCGGUUCCAAGCCCAAAGCCGGUCUCGUCGGCUUCAUGACCAGCAAUUUGUUGCUCGAAGGCGAUGGACGUCAGCCUUGGGAGGAGGACUUCGGCAAACCUUCGCACAUUUCGAGCGCCUACGACAUCAUGAUCGACGGUCCGCUCGGCAGCUCUGCUUUCAACAACGAGUUUGGUCGUCCCGGUCUCAGCGGUUUCUGGCGAACCUGGUCCGAGCGCGUCCCCAUCUCGGAUGGCGAGACCGAAGUGCGUGGCUACCACAAACCCAUCAUGCUGGCCGGUGGACUCGGAAACGUUCGUCCCAAGAAUGCGCUCAAAUCUCGUAUCACACCCGAUGCCGCCAUCAUCGUGCUCGGUGGUCCAGGCAUGCUCAUCGGUCUUGGCGGCGGUGCUGCCUCGUCCAUGGCCAGUGGCAGCUCGUCGCGUGCUGCGCUCGACUUUGCUUCGGUGCAGCGUGACAACCCAGAGAUGCAGAGACGCUGUCAGCAGGUCAUCGACGCGUGCACUGCGCUCAGCGACGCUCCCGGCAGCAUCGAGGGCCGAGUAGGCGAAGGCAACCCGAUCCAGUCGAUCCACGACGUCGGUGCCGGUGGUAUCAGCAACGCGCUGCCCGAACUGGUCCACGAUGCCGGUCUGGGUGCACGCUUCGAGAUCCGCGACGUGCUCGUUGACGAUCCGUCCAUGAGCCCCAUGGAGAUCUGGUGCAACGAGUCGCAGGAGCGUUACGUCCUUGCCGUCGGCCAGGAGGACCUUCCGCGCUUCGAGGCCAUCGCAAAGCGAGAGCGAUGCCCUUACUCCGUCGUCGGACGUGCCACCGUGGAGCAGGAGCUUGUCGUCACCGACCGUUUGCUCGGAGGUACACCCAUCCACCUGCCCAUGCCCAUUCUCUUCGGCAAGCCUCCCAAGAUCGCACGUCAGGCUAACAGCGCGCAGCCGCUCCGUAUUCCAUUUGAUUCGACGCUCACGUCGUACCUGCCCGACUUGCAGAAGGAUCCCGUCAAGAUGUUUGCCGAGGCUGUAGACCGAGUGCUCCACCUUCCCACCGUUGCUUCCAAGAACUUCUUGAUCACCAUCGGCGACCGCAGCAUCACCGGUCUCGUGGCUCGCGACCAGAUGGUCGGCCCAUACCAGGUGCCCGUGGCCGACGUUGCGGUGACACGCACCUCGUACGGCUUCGACGAGAGUCUCACCGGUGAGGCUGUUGCCUCGGGCGAGCGCACUCCGCUUGCCCUGAUUAGCGCCGCCGCUUCCGCUCGCAUGGCCGUCGCCGAGUCGCUCACCAACAUCGCUGCUGCCAGCAUCGAGAGCCUCGAACGUAUCAAGCUCUCUGCCAACUGGAUGUGCGCCGCGAGCCACUCGGACGAGGGCGCUCGCCUGUACGAAGCCGUGCAGGCCAUCGGUCUCGACCUGUGCCCCAAACUCGGUCUCGCCAUCCCUGUCGGUAAGGAUUCCAUGUCGAUGAAGAUGGCCUGGGAGUCGGCGCAAGGCGAGAAGCGCGAGGUGACCGCACCGCUUUCGCUGACGGUGACUGCCUUUGGUCCUGUCGACGACAUCACCCGCACCUGGACUCCUCAGCUCCGCACCGACGUCGACGACACGGUGCUGCUCUUCGUCGACCUCGCUGCCGGCAAGCAGCGUCUGGGCGGUUCGUGUCUGGCUCAGGUCUUCCGUCAGCUCGGUCACGAAGCACCGGAUGUGGUGGACGCUGCUGUGCUCAAGGCGUUCUUCGAGGCGUGCUACACGCUCAAGCAGCUGCGUGUGCAGAAGCGCGACGACGGCAGCCUCGUGCUCGCCUACCACGACCGAUCCGACGGUGGUCUCAUUACGGCCAUCCUCGAGAUGUGCUUUGCUGGUCAUUGCGGCGCCGAGGUGUUUGUCGAUGCGCUCGACGCUGAGCUGCGCGACCCUGUGGCGGCUCUGUUCAACGAGGAGCUCGGUGCUGUCAUGCAGGUCAAGGCGGGCGAUGUCAAGGCGGUCUCGGCCGUGUUGACCGCUGCCGGUGUACCGUCCAACCAGCUCCACGUCGUCGGUCGCGUGACACCCGACUCGCAAGAGAUCAAGGUGGUGGCCCGAUCUCAACCUUUGCUUUCCUCGACGCGAGCUACGCUGCAAAAGGCGUGGGCCGAAACGUCGUUCCGCAUGCAGAGUCUGCGAGACAACCCGGAGAACGCAGCCACCGAGUACAGCCUGAUCACCGACGAGCCCACGUCAGCCGCCGCCUUGCGGUACGAUCUCACAUACAACCCUCGCGAAGACGUCCUCGGCGCCUCGGUCAUCCAAGCCGCGCUUGAGACUCGACCCAAGGUCGCCAUCCUCCGCGAGCAGGGUGUCAACGGCCAGAUCGAGAUGGCCUGGGCCUUCACGCGCGCCGGCUUCUGCGCGGUCGACGUUCACAUGUCCGACCUCGUCGAAGGCCGGGUCACCCUGGAUCAGUUUGUCGGUCUUGCCGCCUGCGGAGGAUUCUCGUUCGGCGACGUCCUGGGCGCAGGUAGCGGAUGGGCCAAAUCCAUCCUGCUCAACCCUAGCGUCAAGGCGCAGUUCGUCGACUUCUUCCAGAACCGCAAAGACACAUUUGCGCUGGGUGUGUGCAACGGCUGUCAGUUGCUUUCGCAGCUCGGCGUCGCCGGGUUGAUCCCGGAAGCCGACAAGUGGCCUCUGUUCAAACCGAACGAGUCCGGUCGCUUCGAAGGUCGACUUUCCACCGUCGAGAUCACCAAGACCGGCGGAGCCAACUCGAUCUUCCUGAGCGACAUGGCGGGGUCGGUGCUGCCCGCGAUCAUCGCUCACGGAGAAGGUCGUGCGCACUUCCGCAACGAGGGCGACCUGGAAGCGUGCAAGGCGCAGGGACAGAUCGCUAUGCAGUACGUCGACCAGCGCUACCCGAUCAACCCGAACGGCUCGCCCGAGGGUGUUACGGCCAUCACGGCGAACCAGGGCAGGGUGCUGGCGUUGAUGCCUCAUCCGGAACGUGGUGUGGCGUUGUCGAGCAUGAGCUGGGCUCCGCAGGAGGCGUACGCGAGGGGAGAGAAGGGUUGGUCGGGUAAAGGACCGUGGUUCAGGAUGUUUGAGAAUGCUAGGAAAUGGGUUGGUCAGCAGAAGUAG